UGAGUCGGUAGAACCGGAGUCCGACAUGGGGAAGGAGGUAAACGGUGUGUCCCGGAGCCGGUUUGAGAUGUUCACAAAUAGUGACGAGGCGGUCAUCAAUAAGAAGCUGCCAAAGGAGCUGUUGCUACGAAUCUUCUCCUUCCUGGAUGUGGUGACACUCUGUCGCUGUGCCCAGGUCUCACGGUCCUGGAACGUCCUAGCCUUGGAUGGCAGCAACUGGCAGCGAAUCGACCUCUUCGAUUUUCAGAGAGACAUCGAGGGCCGAGUGGUGGAGAACAUUUCGAAGCGAUGUGGAGGGUUCCUUAGGAAGCUGAGCUUGAGAGGUUGUCUAGGUGUCGGUGACAGCGCCUUAAGGACGUUUUCACAGAACUGCAGGAAUAUUGAGCUGCUUAGUCUGAACGGCUGCACCAAGAUCUCUGACAGCACAUGUAAUAGUCUCAGCAAGUUCUGUCCGAAGCUGAAGCACCUGGACCUCGCCUCUUGUACCUCCAUCACGAACCUGUCACUUAAAGCUCUCAGUGAGGGUUGUCCCCUGUUGGAGCAGCUGAACAUCUCCUGGUGUGAUCAGGUCACGAAGGAUGGAGUCCAGGCCCUGGUGCGCUCCUGCCCUGGACUCAAAUGUCUUUUCCUCAAAGGCUGCACACAGCUCGAAGACGAGGCGCUGAAGCACAUCGGAGCUCACUGUCCGGAGCUGGUCACCCUCAACCUGCAGACGUGCUCCCAGAUCACAGACGAAGGCCUCAUCACAAUUUGUCGAGGUUGUCACCGCCUGCAGUCGCUGUGCGUGUCGGGCUGCGCCAACAUUACAGACGCCAUUUUGCACGCCCUAGGACAGAACUGCCCCCGCCUCAGAAUAUUAGAAGUGGCUCGCUGCUCUCAGCUUACAGACGUGGGCUUCACUACAUUAGCAAGGAAUUGCCACGAGCUUGAGAAGAUGGAUUUAGAAGAAUGUGUACAGAUCACAGAUGGAACUCUCAUCCAGCUGUCCAUCCACUGCCCUCGUCUUCAAGUCCUGAGUCUGUCUCACUGCGAGUUGAUCACCGACGACGGCAUUAGGCACCUCGGCAGCGGGCCCUGCGCUCACGACCGUCUGGAGGUCAUCGAGCUGGACAACUGCCCCCUCAUCACAGACGCCUCGCUGGAACACCUAAAAAGCUGCCACAGUCUGGAUCGCAUCGAGCUCUACGACUGCCAGCAGAUCACCCGCGCAGGCAUCAAGAGACUAAGGACUCAUCUGCCGAACAUCAAAGUGCACGCGUACUUCGCUCCUGUCACUCCGCCCCCCUCCGUUGGGGGCAGCCGCCAGAGGUUUUGCCGCUGCUGUGUACUGCUAUGAUGUAAAGACACCCCCCCACCCCCACUUGAUUCUUGGAUCCUGCAGGUCCUGGGCCUCAAAAACCUCCUGUCUAGAAACUUCAUGCUGGUCUGUUUUUUUUUGUUUUGUUUAGUUUUUUUUUGGAGUUGCAGAGUGGAAGAGAACCAAACAGUCCGACAGGAACUUUGGCAACUUUUCCU